GAUUGGAUGUAAAUGGAGUUUGGAGGAUUGGAGAUCUGCAACCAUGCUGAAUGACAAGUCUGACAGUUCAUCUCUUUAAUCAAUUGAAAUGAACAGAGUAGUGAUUCCAUACCAUGUGUUGGUCAUUCCAAGUAAAAAGUUAGGUGGCUCCAUGUUUACAGCCAAUCCCUGGAUCUGUAUAUCAGGAGAACUGGGAGAGACAGGAAUCUUACAAAUACCCAAAAGUAUCCUUGAAAUGACAUUUGAGUGUCAGAACUUGGGAAAGCUCACAACAGUGUUGAUUGGACACGAUAACUCAGGGUUGUAUGCCAAAUGGCUAGUGGACUGUAUUGUUGUUAGGAAUGAGAUAACUGGGCAUGCAUACAAGUUCCCAUGUGGUAGGUGGCUCGGAAAAGGGGUGGAUGAUGGGAGCCUGGAAAGGAUUCUAGUUGGAGAACUUGCAACAGCCAGUCAAGAAACCGAUGAGCGUCACAGUCGGACCCCUCCAUUGCAGCAAUCUCCAAGUAUGAUCAGGAGAUUUGUCAAUAUAACACCUACCAGCAGGCAAAAGUUAAAUACUGGCCAGAUACAAGAAUCUGUCGGGGAAGCUAUUAAUGGGAUCGUCAAACAUUUUCACAAGCCUGAGAAGGAGAGGGGAAGCCUAAUGUUACUGCUCUGUGGGGAAAAUGGACUUGUGUCAGCUUUAGAACAAGUGUUCCACCAUGGUUUCAAGUCACCUCGACUCUUCAAAAGUAUUUUCAUUUGGGAUUUUAUGGAGAAAGCUUAUGUGUACUUUGAGAGUAUAGAACAUACUGAACUUGCCCAGGAAGAAAAUUGGCAAACUAGAGCCAAGAACUUUUGCAAGUUUGUUGCUGCUAUAAAUGGUUCCCCUCGGAACAUUGGAAAGGAUGGGAAGUUUCAACUUCUGGUGUGCCUGGGAGCAAGGGACCAUCUUUUGCAUCAUUGGAUUGCGUUGCUUGCUGACUGCCCUCUCAUCGCUCAGAUGUAUGAAGAUACAGCUCUGAUUAAAGACCACACAUUAGUUAACUCCCUAAUCAGAGUGCUGCAAACUUUGCAGGAAUUUAAUAUCACACUCGAGACAUCAAUGGUCAAAGGAAUUGAUAUUUAAAGAGGAUCACUGACAUCCAAUGGAAGAGUUUGCACAAAUAUAUUACAAAUUUUGAAAUUAAAAAUGAAUGCAAUAUUGGAAUUCAGCAACUUGUUUUUAAGUUGCAGGAACUAUUUGCCAUAUAGUAAGUGCAGUGAGCCAUUUUGAACCUGGUUAUCAGGUUAUCCUAAAGUUUGAAAGAAAGAUUUUUAACUUUCAGUCAAUCAUUGUAGAUUUGUUUGGUUGUACAGUAACGUGUAUCCUAUUCAAGAUUGAUGCUUGUUUCAAAUUUGUUUUUCUAAAGAAAAUAAGAAGUGUUACACUUGAAUUAUUUUUCUGCAAAUGGCCAAUACUUGCACUGUUAACUUGCAGUUUAAAAGUGUCUGAUUUUUUUUAAAAGUGUACAUAUAACCAGGGCACAGCUUUUACUUUGUAGCUGCUUAAAAAAAGUGUACAUAUAUACAUAUGUUUGUAAAGUACGUGUGUGCGUGUGUGUGUAAUAUGUAUAAUAUACAAACAUGCACAUAAUAUUCUUGUAAAAUUUUUGGAAAAUAAGUGGUAUUUUUUCAAAUGUUGAAGGGUUAAAGAUCAGAGUCUGAUAUGGAUCUGAGAAAGUAUUCAUUUUGUAUUUCAUUUUGAAAAAAAUUCAUUCCUCCUUGCCCCUUCUUGGUUCUUUUUCAUUUGCCUUUUACAACAAAGGUGAGAUUUGUUAGUCCAUAAAUAAACAUGCUCCCUUGAGAUUCAAGUUCCUAUGAAGUCUCUGCGGAAAAUAUUGCAUUUCAACAUAAUGUAUUCGGUGUGGCUAAUCAGAAGGGUGUGUAGUAGGUUUAUGCCAGUAUCAUGAGAUAGGUUUAUAACAAACUUUCAUUCUUUCCAACUUUCUUUCUGUUGAAAUUCAUAGAAAAAUAUUUUUUGGACCUUAUUAGAAACUCAUUUCUUAGCCAUAUGUCUGCUUUCACUUUUUUGAAGUCAAAAAUUCUGGCAAUUAUUUUCCAAAUUAAUGAAAAAUAAAAGCCUUAAUGGUGAAAAAUCAGCUGCCAAUUUAUGAUGAGCCUGUUCCAUGAUAAUUGAUUAGACCAAUUUCAGCCUCACAGCAUAUUACAAAAGGUGUCCAUUUUGUGUGUGUAUGUAGGACUUUGGGGUUCCAUGCAUUUUUGUGAUUGGCUGGCAUUUCAAUGAGUUGUAGCAGCCUUGGGUUGGGAAAUAGAGGAGAAAAUUCUACCCAGAGUUUCAAUCACUUUUUUUUCCCUUUUUUUUUGCACUUGUUUGAACCUCUCAGGUCAUGAAACUUUUUUCUGGCGGUUUUGGGGAUCCCUUUAUUCACACAUUUAGCUUUACCUUUUAAUUACAACAAAUAUAAAAAUAUACCACUAAACUUAUUGGUGUUCUGUUUAUGGUUUAUUUGACUGACAAAAAAUAAGGCAACAAUUAAUGUUUAUGCAUGAAGUUUCAGAUUUCUUCUGUUGCAGGAAUAAAGCUAUGAUUUAGGUAAAGUUGUAGAACUUAUCUUCGUUUAUCUAGUUACAAACAAUAUUUUAUGUACUCUGGGCUGUAUUCACAUUCUCCCCAGCAUUCCUCUUGCAACAUUUUUAUGACAACACUUUUUAGUUUGCAGAGAGUCUGAACCUCUAUUGUAUUGCAGAUUAUUUCUCUAGCAUAAUUUGAAGUAUUUAUAAAUGAACCUCUAGUUUUAUACAUGAGAUUGGAAAAAGAUCUAUAAGCAAUUUAUGAGAAUUUAGUGUUUCCUUCUGCUUCCUAUGGUAUUAAUCAACUGUAUCAUUACUGGUGAGGAACAGAAAGCUUCUGCCUUUUGGAUGCUCUCGCAGAUGGAUAAUGGUUAACUGUGAAACAUCUGUGUCCAGUUACCAUUACUGGCUCUGAGUUCGUGUCGAGCAGGUGCUAUUAGCAUACUGGAAGUUGAGUUUGAGUUUGAUUUAUUGUUGUCACAUGUAGAGAGAUUCAGUGAAAAGUGUUGUUUUGUGUGCUAUACAGGCAGAUUGUACCAUUGCUUCACAGAAAAAUUUCUCUCUCUCUCUCCUUUUUAGUAAUUAGUGAUUUCUGCCAUUAUCUUCCUUGUGGAUAUGGAUAUCGAGAGUGGAUUUUCAUACAAUAGUUACAUUCCAUAUCUGAUUACUUUGUUGAAUAACACUGAAAGUGAUAAACCAUUGUGAUUUAGUUGCGUGAAGAAUCUACUUAUGCAAUGAGAAAUCUAACCUAUGAGCAAUUUCAGUAAAUCGUGAAACUUAAAGAGCAUUCAUUAAAUUUCUUGAACAUCGAGCUAUUAUGAUGUUACAGUGAUAAUCCUGUUACAAUAUGAAGUUUUCUAUAAUUUUUAAAAACAUUAUAUAUAUCAGUCUAAAAAAAUUAAUUCAUUUGAAUUAACAAAAAGUCAAAUACUUGAAGCUGUAUAAAAGUUAUUAUUAGCAUAUAUUGUUGGAAAAAGACACAUUUUGUCAAAGAUUUUUGUCUUGAAUACACCAGGACAAUCCACAUGAAAUACCAAAGUAAAGGGAAAAUAAUAUUUAUACUAUUUUAAAGGAGAGUGCUGAUUCACUUGUGGACUCUGAUUGAUAGAGAUGUUGCCAGGGAAAAUGAAUUGGUUAAUUAUACAUGACAGUUAUCUUCCAAGCUUUAUUUAAAUUCAAUUGUAAACCAAGCAGGUAGAUUCUGAUUGGUCAAGGCAUUAAUCUGAGAAAUGAACCAGGGAAAGACUGUACCAAUACAGAAGUUGCUGGAAAAGCUCAGCAGGUCAGGCAGCAUAUGUGAAGAAAAAAAAUCAUCAGUUAAUGUUUCAGGUCUGGUGACCCUUCCUCAGAACAGGGAAAGACUGUCAUUCAUUUAUUUAGAUCCACAAACAAAUAGCAUGUGUACGUGUUCUUUCUGUCUACAAAAAAGGCACUGUAUGUCACUUCAUCAAUGAUUAAUAUCAUUGUGGUAUAUUAAUUUUAAUGCCAGCGUGAUGCUAGGCUAAAUAUCCCAAAGACUGAUGGAUUGCAUCAAACAAUAUAUCUCUCUGGCUGUUAACAAGUAAGAUACUGACUGUACCCAACCUGCCCAUGCUUGCAAAACUCAUAAUAUCAUGUGCCUCAGAUGUAAUUUUACAAAUUUGCUAACUAAACCUGCAUUUGUAAAGAAUUAAAUCGACAACCAAUUUAGGACUGUCAGGCAGGCUCACAGUAUCGCACACGUAUACUGGAAGCUACAUAUAUUAAUACAUCAAGCUGUAUUCUUUUCAAGCAUAAAUAAUGCGAACUCACUACACCUGUUUCAUAGUAUGAACAAAAUUGGUAACAGCCAUUCUCUGGGUCAUUUCUCAGGCCACAUCAUGACCAAUCAAAGUCAAACUGCCUUGUUUAAAAUUUAAACAUAUGUUGGUAGUCCAUUGUAAAUCAUUCACUGGUGCAUGCCCAAUGUCAAUGCCUCUAACCAAUCAAAUCCAUUUGCUAUCCAAUCGGCACUCUCCUCUCAUAACAUAUAAAUGUUGCUUUCCCUUUUUAGUAUUUCUUGCAAAUUCUCCUGAUCAAGGGGAAAUGAAGUUGUUUUGACUUUGUUUAGCAUAUACAUUAAUUGUAUUUAUCUGUUAUUACAGUCAGUGGUUCCUGCGCCAUUUCUGGAAUACAACUAAUGCUAAUACUAUGAAUAAGAUGGGAAGCUCAUAGACUCUCACUCCCUUGGUUUCAUGCCUUAUGGAUUUUACAUUCUGUGUGAUGUCACACAAGGUGUAAACUCACAGUACACUCUCAGUCGCUUUAUUUUUACCUUAUUCACACUUUAAUUUGCCUCCAUUUAAUUUAGAUUGCCAAGGCUUUCAAACCAACUGUUAGGAAUUUAAGUAUGUAUUCUGAAGAAUUCUAUCCUGGUAAGCCAUCAAUGGCCAAGAUUUUGCUUUGGCAAGGUAUCAAAUUAUAUUUGCCAUUCAUUAGAUGCAAUCCUUGUACUUUUAGAUUUUAUACAGUUUCCGAAUAACAAGUUGCUGAAAAUGCAGUAAGAGUGCAAUGAGGAAACUGUGUAUCUAGGACCUGAGUUAAAAGGGUUUCCAACUAUAUUUUCCCUUAUUUAAUCAAAGGAAGUGAUUCUGAAAUAAUGUAUAAGCUCAGAAAACAAAACAAAUUUGUGAAAGAAAUGAUGUCAUAAUAUACAGAAAAGUCAAUAGUUACUAUAAGAUCCAACUAAGAGAAGAAAUAGAGGAAAGUUUUUAAAAACUACAAAGAUUUGCGUUUUUAAAAAAAUCUUCCAACAACAGUUAAUACCAGAAGGAGUGCACACUGUAAAUAUUUACUUUUCAGUGUCAAAAAACUUGACAGCUAUAAACAUUUACCAGAUCACUAAAAGAACAAAGACCAAAGCAAAUUACAGCACAGGAACAGGCCCUUCGUCCCUCCAAGCCCACGACAUGCUGCCUGUCAAACUAAAAUCCCUCCCCUUCUGGGGACCAUAUCCCUCUAUUCCCAUCCUAUUCAUGCAUUUGUCAAGAUGCCCUUUAAAAGUCACUAUCGUAUCUGCUUCCACUCCCACCCCUGGCAGCGAGUUCCAGGCACCCACCACCCUCUAUGUGGAAAAACUUGCCUCAUACAUCACCUUUAAACCUUGCCCCUGCACCUGAAACCAAUGCCCCCUAGUAACUGACUUCCAUCCUGGGAAAACGCUUCUGACUGUCCACUCUGUCCAUGCCCUUCAUAAUCGUGUAGUCCUCUAUCAGGUCGCCCCUCAACUUCCGUCGUUCCAGUAAGAACAACCUAAGUUUUUCCAACCUCUCCUCAUUGCUAAUGCCCUCCAUACCAGACAAUAUCCUGGUAAAUCUUUUCUGUACCCUUUCCAAAGCCACCACAUCCUUCUGGUAGUGUGGCGACCAGAUUUGAACACAAUAUUUCAAAUGCGGCCUAACUAAGGUUCUAUAAAGCUGCAACAUUACCUGCCAAUUUUUAAACUUAAUAUCCCGGCCGAUGAAUGACAUGAUUUAACACUCCGUGGCCAGUUUAGUUUCAACCUGGUAAAUUUAGUAAUUCUCAUGUGAUUUAAUGGGGAGUCCAACACUUAUAUAUCAUUUUCACGAAGCUAACAGCAGAGUGGGGCAGUUUGGAGAGCAAUGCAGAUAUGGGUUCAGUCGCUCAGCUGUCCCUCUAUUGAAAUUGUUUUGUCGUUCACCCCCAAAAUGACACAAUGCCAUUAACUAUACUGUUAUUUUGAUUCUGGACAAAUGUACUAGCCAGUCAGUAUGAACUGGGUGCUGCUUGAUUGGAAACUGAACUGACAUGACUGGUUCAGCAGCAUCAUUGAGCACAUUGGCUUUUCUUCUGUACCAUUUUGAUAAUUUUAUACCAUGUAUAACAGUUGUCAGAACAAUACAAUGCAACUUCUCAAACAUUUAACUUGUUUUUACUUGUGGCAGAUCAAAUACGCAAAUACAAUAUCUUCACUAAUAAAUUCAAUUUGAAAUUCAGGAAUACUUCUUUGCCUAGAAUCUGUGGAGAAUGUGGAUCUCACUACUGCAAGUAGUCGAGGCACAUAGUAUUAAAGAUACAAGCAAGAAACAAAUAAAAGGUUUAGAUGAAGAGUAGGAUGAGAAUCAUGUGGAGGCUCAGUUGGACCAGAUAAUUGGUUUCUGUGCUACAUGACCUCUGUAAUUUUAAAUCAAGGUCUAUUAUAUGUGAGGCUUGUAUGUAGUAAUACGUUUUCAGAACUUUUACUUAACAAAAAUAAUGCACAUUCAGUUACAGAAUUUAACAGACUUCCUCUCAACUAUAUUGAAACCAAUUUGGAUGUGUGCAGUACAAGAAUUCGCAUUCAUUGGAUAACGAAAUAAUCUGUACUUCAAUAAGUAAACUGAUCUUCUGCUUUAAAAUGGUCUUUUUCUUCAUAGAUAUUUCACACGCAACAUUACGAACUUUCACCAGUUUGUACUGAAUAAUGUUUGCUAACAUAUUGGGAUAUGUUUUUGCCUUAACUAUCUAAAAUAGCACAUAAAUUUAAAUUAUAAAUAAAAUGAUGCAUAGUAUAUUUCAAUACAAAUGAUGAGCACAACAUUCAAAUCAGAUAUUUACAUUUGAUUACCUUUUUCAUUGUUUAUAUUGUGAAUUUUGUGCACAUUUUCACCUUCUGUCAUAAGUUAACAUUUUUGACAUGAAUGAUUUUGGUCUCAAAACUUCACUGUUUUGAUUGUUUCAGCUUGAGCCAGAAGAAAUGUCAUGGAACAGAUAAACAGAAAGCAAGAAAGAGAAGCAGCUGGAAAAUGACCAAUUAGUAACUGCUAA